AGGUGCUUCAAAAUACUGAGUGCUAAUGGAGAACCAAAGGUAUUUAGACCUAGGGACCGUGAUGAUAUCGUGAAAACUGUAAUUGAGCCAAUGGCUUCUGAAGGGCUCAGAACCAUCUGCCUGGCAUUCAGAGACUUCCCAGCAGGGGAACCUGAGCCAGAAUGGGACAAUGAAAAUGAUAUUGUUACUGGUCUGACGUGCAUUGCUGUUGUUGGGAUUGAAGAUCCUGUGAGACCUGAGGUACCUGAUGCAAUAAAAAAGUGUCAACGUGCAGGUAUAACUGUACGUAUGGUCACUGGUGAUAACAUUAACACUGCUCGUGCUAUUGCAUUAAAAUGUGGUAUUCUGAAUCCUGGUGAAGACUUCCUGUGUUUAGAGGGCAAAGACUUUAACAGGAGAAUACGCAAUGAAAAAGGAGAGAUAGAGCAAGAGCGAAUAGAUAAAAUUUGGCCAAAGCUUCGUGUUCUUGCAAGAUCUUCUCCCACUGACAAACACACUCUAGUAAAAGGUAUAAUUGACAGCACUGUCUUUGAACAGAGGCAAGUUGUAGCAGUAACUGGUGAUGGUACCAAUGAUGGUCCAGCUCUGAAGAAAGCAGAUGUUGGAUUUGCUAUGGGUAUUGCUGGAACAGAUGUAGCUAAAGAAGCUUCUGAUAUUAUCCUUACAGACGACAACUUCACAAGUAUUGUUAAAGCAGUUAUGUGGGGACGAAACGUGUAUGACAGCAUCUCCAAAUUUCUUCAGUUCCAGCUUACUGUCAAUGUAGUAGCAGUAAUUGUUGCUUUUACAGGAGCAUGCAUAACACAAGAUUCUCCACUUAAAGCUGUGCAGAUGCUGUGGGUAAAUCUCAUCAUGGACACAUUAGCUUCUCUUGCCCUGGCAACAGAACCACCCACUGAAGCUCUUCUGUUGCGAAAGCCUUAUGGUAGAAACAAACCCUUGAUUUCUCGUACAAUGAUGAAGAACAUUUUAGGUCAUGCAUUCUACCAGCUCGUAGUGGUCUUCACGCUCCUGUUUGCUGGUGAGAAAAUUUUUGAUAUCGAUAGUGGAAGAAAUGCACCUCUGCACGCUCCUCCUUCAGAGCAUUAUACUAUUGUAUUUAAUACAUUUGUGAUGAUGCAGCUUUUUAAUGAAAUUAAUGCCCGAAAAAUUCAUGGGGAAAGAAACGUUUUUGAAGGAAUCUUUAACAACGCUAUCUUCUGUUCUAUUGUUCUGGGGACAUUUGUUGUGCAGAUAAUUAUUGUGCAGUUUGGUGGGAAGCCUUUCAGUUGCUCAGAACUCUCUAUUGAACAGUGGCUGUGGUCCAUUUUCCUGGGCAUGGGAACACUACUCUGGGGCCAGUUGAUUUCAACAAUUCCAACCAGCCGCCUGAAAUUCCUUAAAGAAGCUGGUCACGGAACACAAAAGGAAGAGAUUCCUGAAGAAGAACUAGCAGAAGAUGUAGAGGAGAUCGAUCACGCGGAAAGAGAAUUGCGUCGUGGUCAGAUCUUGUGGUUUAGGGGCCUAAACAGGAUACAAACUCAGAUGGAUGUAGUGAAUGCUUUCCAGAGUGGAAGUACCAUUCAGGGGGCUUUAAGGCGGCAACCCUCCAUCGCCAGCCAGCACCAUGAUGUAACAAAUAUUUCUACCCCUACACAUGUAGUGUUUUCCUCUACUACUGCUUCUACUACUGUGGGGUGUGAGUGUGUGUUCCUAAAGUGCAUGAAAUUAACAUUUCCUAAUUCACGUACCUAACGUUUCUCAUUUUCUCCUUAGUACUUAAAAUCAUCCUUCAGGCUUUUAUAGAGCUCUUCCACAAAGUGGAGUCCUCAAGACU